AUGGCACCCAAAGAGAACCACAACCAUGAGUUUCAGCAGUCUAGGGAGCCACCACCUCCUUAUUACCCUCCUGGCACAAGAGGACCAAGAUUACCUGGAACAUACCCCAUGUACACCCAAGCCCCACCAAUAAUCCAAACAGGCCUAUUCACUGGCAUGCCUCGUGUGACAACUUCUGUGCCGGUGCAGACUGUAUGUCCCUACUGUGGGAAUCAUAUUAUGACAGUGACAACCCCUUUCCCAGGCCUCCUCACCUGGCUGCUGUGCAGUGGCCUCUUUGUGUUUGGGUGCGUCCUGGGUUGCUGCCUCCUUCCCUUCUGCAUGCAGAGCCUCAUGGAUGUGACCCACUCCUGUCCCGUGUGCCAUCACGAGCUAUUCUACUACCGCCGCCUGGGCCUUGGACUAUAG